AUGAGAAGACUCUUUCUCUUCUCUCUCUCCUUCUUCCUCUUCUUCCACUCAUUGUCCUCCUCAAGAUCUUCAUCAGAAUCUCACAUCUUCAUCUACGGUGGAUGUUCACCGGAAAAAUACACACCAAACACUCCUUUCGAAUCAAACCGCGACACUUACCUCUCCUCCGUCGUAACUUCCUCCUCCGACGCCUCCUUCAACAGCUUCGCCGUCGGCAACGACUCCUCCUCCUCCUCAUCAUCCACCGCCGUCUUCGGCCUUUAUCAAUGCCGUGACGACCUCCGAUUAUCAGACUGCACAAAAUGUAUCCAAACCUCAGUCGAUCAAAUCACUCUCCUUUGUCCUUACUCUUACGGUGCUUCUCUCCAGCUCGAAGGUUGCUUCUUACGUUACGAGACCAACGACUUUCUCGGGAAACCAGACACGAGUCUUAGGUACAAGAAGUGUAGUUCCAAGAGCGUUGAGAACGACUAUGAUUUCUUUAAACGGAGAGACGAUGUGUUGUCGGAUCUUGAGUCGACUCAACUCGGUUACAAAGUUAGCCGGUCCGGUUUAGUCGAAGGUUAUGCUCAGUGUGUUGGUGACUUAAGUCCUAGCGACUGCACGGCUUGUCUUGCGGAGUCUGUCGGAAAAUUAAAAAAUCUUUGUGGCUCGGCGGUUGCAGCUGAAGUCUUCUUGGCUCAGUGCUAUGCUCGUUAUUGGGGCUCUGGCUACUACGACUUCUCUUCAGAUCCAACUAACGGAGAUCACGUGGGGAAAUCUAUUGCGAUCAUCGUAGGAGUCAUUGCUGGAUUCGCAAUUCUCGUUGUUCUCCUCUCCCUCUGCAGAAACUCUAUGCAUUGA